AAAUACACAAUGUUGCCAAAUGUAUUGUCCCCGCCCUCCAAAUCAUGUGAUUCAGGUGUUCCAAUCCCCUCCAUGGACACAGGUGUAUACAAUCCCAAGCCCCUAGGCAUGCAGACUGCUUCUACAAACAUUGGUGAAAGAAUGGGUCGCUCUCAGGAGCUCAGUGACUCCAAGCGUGGUCCCGUGAUAGGUGGCCACCUGGGCAAUAAGUCCAUCCGUGACAUUUCCUGGCUACUAAAUAUUCCACGCUCAACUGUUAGUGGGAUUAUAACAAAGUGGAAGCAACUGGGAACAACUGCCACUCAGCCACCAAGUGGUAGGCCACGUCACAUGACAGGGCGGGGUCAGCGCAUGCUGAAGCGCACAGUGCACAGAAGUCACCAACUGUCUGCAGAGUCAAUAGCUAAAGACCUCCAAACUUGGUGUGGCCUUCAGAUGAGCACAACAACAGUGCGUAGAGAGCUCAUGGAAUGGGUUUCCAUGGCCGAGCAGCUGCAUCCAAGCCUUCCAUCACCAAGUGCAAUGCAAAGUGUCGGAUGCCGUGGUGUAAAGCACGCUGCCACUGGACUCUAG